AGAAAGGUUACGCAGUGGAGGGCUAACUUUAACAUACGCGAGUUGUCAGGGUCUGGGAAGAAACGAAACCAUCUUUUAUACAAUAUUAGACCUUUCCUUUAGUUUCAAAAUGAAUGUCCAACCUUGUGCUAGGUGUGGCUAUGUGGUUUACCCAGCUGAGAAAAUCAACUGCAUAGAUCAGAAUUGGCACAAAGCGUGUUUUCACUGUGAGAUUUGUAAGAUGAUACUUACCGCAAAUAAUUUUGUCAGUCAUCAGAAAAAGCCAUACUGCCAAGUGCACAACCCCAAAAACAACGACUUUACCAGCGUGUAUGAAACUCCCGCUAACAUAAAUGCAAAAAAGCAAUCGGAAGCCAUCAGUGAGAUUAAAUACCGUGAAGAAGGAGAAAGGUAUAAAUCUGUUUUCCACUGGGAUAUGAAGUCCAGAGAGGUGGAACAUGCUCGUAAAGUCAGUCAUCUUUCAAGUCAGAAAACCUACCAGGCUGACUAUGAGGAACAAAAGUCCUGGUACCAAGGCACAGUAACCAGCCCAGGAAUUCUAAGGGUGGCCCAGGCACAGAACACCAUUAGUGAUGUAGAGUAUAAGCGUGGGCAUGAGGAUCGUGUUUCCAAAUUCACAUCCGUUGCAGACACUCGAGACAUACUGCAUGCCCAAGCAGGAGGGCAGCUUGCGAGUGAUAUUAAUUACACUGAAGAAUAUGAGCAUCUUAAAGGAAAAGGGAGCUUCCCUGCAAUGAUCACUCCAGCAUACCAGCGCGCCAAGCAAGCCAACACUUUGGCUAGUGAUCUGGAGUACAAGCGUGGCCACGGGGAGCGUGUUUCUCAGUACACCUCGGUGACAGACACCCCAGAGGUGCUGCUUGCUAAAGCAGGAGGGCGGCUCGCCAGCGAUUACGCAUACACAGAACAAUAUGAGCAGCACAGAGGGAAAGGCAGCUUCCCUGCACUGAUCACCCCAGCCUAUCAGAGUGCCAAGAAAGCCAGUGAGCUGGCCAGCGGGGUUAAAUAUCAUGAACAGUAUGAAAAAGAGCUGAAGGGGAAAGGAUGCAGUGAAGCCAGUGGAGCCGAGAUCGCCCUUGCGAGAGAGAACACAGACAGGUUCAGCCAGCAUUUGUACACUGAAGAAUAUGAACAGCACAGAGGGAAAGGCAGCUUCCCUGCAAUGAUCACUCCUGCUUAUCAUAUGGCCAAGAAAGCCCAUGACCUUGCCAGCGAUGUAAAAUAUAAGAAAGAUCUUUCAAAGAUGAAGGGGGCUGCUCAUUUCCACACCCUGACGUCUCACGACAAUUUAGCACUCAAGAGAGCCCAGAAAAUCAACAAACUAGUGAGCGAGGUGGAGUACAAGAAGGAUCUGGAAAACACCAAAGGUCACAGCAUUAAUUACUGUGAAACUCCUCAGUUUAAGAAUGCAUCCAAGAUGGCUAAAUAUACUAGUGAUGUUAAGUACAAGCAGAGCUAUCAGAACCAGAUGAAGGGGCAUUAUGAAGGCGUUGGUAUGGACAGACGGACACUCCAUGCAAUGAAAGUCAGAAAUUUGGCAAGUAAUAUUGCUUAUAAAUCGGACUAUGAAAAUGACAAGAAUGAACAAACUGACUACAACUAUCCUGCCACAAUGACUCCUUCAUAUAAGACUCAGAAGAAACUGGAACCACUAAAGGAUGUGAACUACAGACAACACGUGGACAAGCUAACAUACAGUUCAGUAACAGACACUCCUGAUAUAGUGCAAGCAAAAAUCAACGCUCAUCAGCUCAGCAAUCUGAAUUAUCGAGCCCAGUAUGAAAAAACCAAGACGAACUUCACAUUGCCUCAGGAUAUUCCUCACCUCAAGAAGGCGAAGGCCAAUGCUGAGCUUUACAGUGGUAUUAAAUACAAGGAGGACUGGGAGAAGACUAAAUCAAAGGCUUGUGAGAUGACUCUGGAUAACAUGUCUUUAUUGGCAGCCAAAGCUUCCCGGGAUCUAGCUAGUGAUAUUAAAUACAGAGAAGCUUAUGAGAAAAUGAAAGACAAAGCGGUGGGAGCCAGUGUGAGCGAUUCCAAGACCCUGCACUCACUCCAGGCUGCCAAGAUGAGCAGCGAGAUUGCCUACAGGAAAGGUUCUAAAGAAACCCAGUCCCAGUUCCAUCUUCCUCUGGACAUGCUGCACCUGAGCCACGCCAAGAAGGCCCAGUCCCUGGCCAGUGAGACAGAGUACAGGAAGAGGCUGCAUGAGUACACAGUGCUGCCGGACGACAUGAAGGUCAAGUGGGCAAAGAAGGCCUACAGCCUGCAGAGUGAGAGCCAAUACAAGGCAGAUCUGAGUUGGAUGAAAGGGGUGGGAUGGGUCACAGAGGGCAGCCUUGACGUUCAGCAGGCAAAGAAAGCAGGAGAUCUUCUCAGUGAGAAAAAGUACAGGCAGAAGGUUGAUGAGCUGAAAUUCACCCAGGUGGCUGACACCCUCAACAUUAAACAUGCCAAGAAAAGCCAGGAGAUGCAGAGUGAGCUUGUGUAUAAAGCAGGCACCGAGCAAACGCUUCACCAGUACACCAUGAACAAAGAUGAACCGCUAUUCAGACAAGCGAAAGCAAACGCUGAAUACCUCAGCCAGAACUCCUACAAGAAUAGUUGGGAAAAGCAAAAAGGCAAAGGGUUUGAGCUUCGUAUGGAUGCGCUGUCCAUCUUGGCAGCGAAAAGCAAGAGGGAUCUUGCAAGCGAUAUCAAGUACAGAGAAGAUUAUGAGAAGACAAAGGGUGUGAUGAUUGGAGUAAAGGACGUUAAAGGCGAUUCUCAGCUGGCUCAUUCCACGAGAGUGUCCAGGUUGCACAGCGACCUGCAGUACAAGAAAGAGUAUGAGGACAACAAGACGAAGUACAGCACCUCCCUGGAUAUGCUGACCCUCGCUCAUGCCAAGAAGGCCCAAGGCCUAGCGACAGACCAAGGGUACAAGACAUUCCUGCACCAUUACACCUCUGUGCCGACUGACACGAAGCUGGAAUGGGCAAAGAAGGCUUAUGGAAUACAGAGUGAUAACCAAUACAAGUCUGACCUAAACUGGAUGAAAGGAGUUGGGUGGGCAGCUGCAGGAUCAUUGGAUGUGGAACAAGCCAGGAAAGCAGGAGACCUCAUCAGUGAGAGAAAGUACCGUCAGCAUGCAUAUGCACUGAAGCACACCAGCAUCAAAGACACACCUGAAAUGAUUCAGGCCAAGAUUAGUUAUAACCAGGCUGUGGAUAGAUUAUACAAAGAACAGGGCGAGAGUGUGAAGCAUCACUACACCAUGACAAACAACCUUCCAGAGCACCUGCAAGCCAAACUCAAUGCAAUGAACUUAAGUGAGGCUCGUUACAAGCAAUCUUGGACUAAGCUUCGGGACGCUGGGUACAAGUUGGGUUUGGAUGCAAUUCCGUUCCAGGCUGCUAAAGCGUCUGGAGAAAUGAUCAGUGAUUACAAGUACAAAGAAGCGUUUGAGAAAACGAAGGGCCGUAUGGUUGGACUGAGGGGACUGGAGGAUGACAUCAAUAUUUCUCACUCAGUCCAUGCAGGAAAGCUGCAGAGUGAUUUAAAAUACAGGAAAGACUCAGAGAAGACCAGGUCCCAGUUCCACCUUCCUAUGGACAUGAUGGUGUUGGUGCAUGCUAAGAAGGCCCAGUCUCUGGCCAGCGACCAGGAUUACAAGUACAUGCUUCAUCAGUACACCUCUCUGCCCGACGACCUGAAGAUGCAGUGGGCAAAGAAGGCCUACGAGCUGCAGAGCGAGAAACUGUACCGCUCUGACUUGAACUUCUUGAGAGGGGUGGCCUGGAUCAGCACAGGGGCCGUGCAGAUUGAAGGAUCGAAGAGAGCAACGGAGCUGCUCAGCGAGAAAAAGUAUCGUCAACAGCCAUAUUCAUUCAAGCAUACAACUGUGACAGACUCUCCUGAUUUGCUCCAUGCUAAAUUAAGCAACAUUAUUUCCAAUGAGCGUCUGUACAAAGAAGCAGGAGAACAUGCUAGACAUCAAUAUACCCCGACCCUUGGUCAACCUGAGCUCAACCAAGCAAAGAUUAAUGCAGCCAAUUUCAGUGAGUCAAAAUACAGGCAGUCCUGGCUUGAUUUACGGGCUCAGGGCUAUAAGUUAACAAUGGACGCCAUCCCAUUCCAGGCUGCGAAGGCAUCUGGAGACAUUGCAAGUGAUUACCAAUACAGACACAACUUUGUGCUGGAGAAGGGCAAGCACAUUGGAGCCAGGAGCAUUCUGGAUGACCCCAAGCUGCUGCACUGCAUGCAGAUGGCCAAGUUACAGAGCGAGCAGCAGUAUAAGAAGGAGUCCCGAGACACCAGCUCCCAGUUCCACCUGGCUAUGGACAUGGUCAACCUAGUCCAUGCCAAGAAGGCUCAGGCGCUGGCCAGCAAUCAGGACUACAAGGUCAAGGACCACGCCUACACUGUACUGCCGGAUGACAUGAAGGUGCAGUGGGCAAAGAAGGCCUAUAAGCUGCAGAGUGAGAAACUGUACAAGUCAGACCUGAACUUCAUGAAAGGAGUGGGCUGGAUUACAGCAGGAACCCCACAGAUCGAAACUGCAAAAAGGGCUGGAGAACUUAUCAGUGAGAAGAACUAUCGGCAGCACCCGGGCAGCCUGCAAUUCACCUCAGUGGCUGACUCUCCAGACCUGCUUCAUGCGAGGAACAGCUACCUGCAAUGCAGUGAAAGGCUGUACAAGUCUGGGGAUUCUGAGUCCAUGCACAGAUGCACCUUGCCUCCUGACCACCCCGACUUCAUCAGAGCCCGUCUGAACGCUCAGCACAUCAGUGAUAAAGCUUAUAAAACAUCUUGGGACCAGAUCAGAUCUGCCCACUUUGACUUUCGACUGGAUGCCAUCCCCUUCCAAACAGCUAAAGCAUCAAGGGAAAUCGCUAGUGAUUUCCGAUACAAAGAGGCCUUCGUGAAGGAUAAGGGUCAGCAGAUUGGGUUCCGCUGUGUCGAUGACGACCCCAAAAUGAAACACUUCCUAUCGGUCAGCAAACUCCAGAGCAACAAUGAGUACAAGAAGCAUUCAGAAGAGACCAGGUCCCAGUACAAGAGCCACAGCGAUCAGCCAGGCUUCCUCCAAGCCAAGAAGAGCCAGGAGCAAGCCAGCGACCUGAGCUACAGACAGCACCUGCACCAGUAUACCUGUGACCCGGAGCAGCUAAACCUGAAACAUGCAAAGCAGGCCUACAAGCUGCAGAGCGAUGUUAACUAUAAAUCGGACCUGAGCUGGAUGCGAGGUAUUGGCUGGACCCCGCCAGGCUCCCACAAGGUGGAGAUGGCCAGGCGGGCGGCUGAACUGGGCUACGCACAGGGGCUGGACCUGGAACACACUGCAGCACAGCAUGAGCAGCACAUGCGGGCAUCUCAGCAGAAGGAAACCAGACAGGAAUUUCAGCAAGAGGGGGUUAACCUAGAUGCUACUGAGAUCCUUCAUGUUAAAAGAAAGAAAGUGCAGAUGAAUAAGAAAACUAUGUAGAGUCCCUCAGGAAUCCAAGUAUAGUACUGUAUGCUCCUGUGCUGCAUUUAAACAUGUAAUGCCAGUUUAAACAUGCCUGGGACUUGGAAGGUAAAACGCUUACUAAUGUACUUUAUUCACAUUUAUAAUUUGUCAUGAUGAAUGUUGCUUACUGGUUAAUAUCUGAUUUGUAUUUAGAAAUGAUGUAUGGCAUGAUGUUUCACUAUUUAACUGACAGGUUCAGCUGUGUACCAGAGAGAUAAACAGUUGCUUGGUGUCACUUGCUUAAAUGUUUAGCAGAGAGACGAUAUAAUGCUUGUUUAUCUAUGCUAUGCUUUGGAAGGGUAAAUAAAGAUUUUGGUAUAGCACA